CUGUCAUUUUCCCACAUCAUUUUACACGUGCGAAAAAUUUAAAUUUGCGGUUCAUAGGUCGAGCUGUCACACCACUCCCAGGUAAAAGCAGACAGUAGACACGGGGCUGAAUUUGUGAAUUCCUGAUCGUAACAACUUUGACUUGAGAUUUCAUUCAUUAUGGCUUCAAAACCACGAUGGGUUCCACUGGAGUCAAACCCCGAUGUCAUGACCAAGUACAUUCACAACAUCGGCGUUCCUAAGAAGUGGCAUUUUGUUGACGUCCUUGGCCUUGAUGAUGAUCUACUGGGAAUGGUUCCACAACCCGUAGUUGCACUCAUUGUGCUGUUUCCAAAGGGAGAUAAGAUCAAAAGUGCGGAAGCUGAACUCUGUGCCAAGAUAGAAAAGGAGAGCCAGAAAGUGAGCGAGGAUGUUUACUUCAUGAAGCAGACCAUUGGGAAUGCAUGUGGUACGAUCGGAGUUCUACAUGCUGUGCUGAACAACCAGGACGGAGGCGACUUCAAACUUGAGGGAAUCCUUGCAGAGUUUUCUCAGAAGACGAAGGGUAUGGAUGCAGCCGAGAGGGGUGCUUCUCUAGAGAGUGAUGUGGGGAUCUGUGAGGCUCAUAGCUCCAGCGCCCAAGAAGGACAGACCGCGGCACCGUCUGCUGAAGAGUCUGUUAAGCCACAUUUCAUUGCCCUGGUCCACACUGACGGCGCCCUCUAUGAGCUAGACGGCUGCAAGCCAUUCCCCAUCAAUCACGGUGUUACAAGCGCAGACAACUUUCUCAAGGAUUCUGCCGUUGUGUGCAAGAAAAUCAUGGCCAUUGACCCCACGGAGAUGAACUUCAACAUCAUGGCCCUGACUGGCGGACAACCCCUGUUCUGAAACACCGAGUUGCUUUGAAAAUAUCAACGUUUAAUUCGUGAUCUUAGCAGCAAAAUAAGAUCAGCAGAAUCCCUGACAAAAAAAAACACACAGCAAGUUUGGUAUCACAAAAUAUGUUGCGUAAGUGGCAUUGGAGUUAAUGUAGGCAGUUUCUUUAAACAUGGGCGUGGUCUCCUUGAAGUAUUCCACUAGAAACAGUUGGUUGAACUUUUAAUAAACUUCAUGGAGGACCCGUGUAUGUAUACCACAUACAAACAUAACCCCAUUAUUCUUUCAGUUCAAUUUGUUUCAUGUUGGAGAAACUCAAUUGUCCUAGAAACUUUAUUGAUAUUCUUAUUUAAAAGAACACAUUAAAACACAUUGUUUCAGAAAAAAGUCUCAUGAAAGGAACUUUAGCAUUUUGAUUUGUAAUGUUACAACUGUUGCCUUCACUUGGGCUUUCUGACCGUACAUUCUUAACCUUGUAACUCACAAACAGCAUUGCCAAGUAAGAAAGUGUACGUAAGUGUGUAAACCCUAAGCUUAAGCAAGAUGUAUAGUGUGAAUGCUUUAAAGUACAUAUGUAUCAUUAUAUCGUAUGUGAACUAAAUUAGUCCUAAUUGGCCGUUGGUGAGGUAAUGUACCCAGUUGGGGGUUACCGAUGUGGGAUAGUUGACAGGGGGUCCUGUCACAGCACACUUGGUUAAAACAUGGGUUUCAAUUUGUCCACAGGGACAGGGAACAUAGUUUCAUGUUGGCUGCAAAGCUUUCAGUCGCACCCAUGCCUUUCUUGUGUGGAUGGUGUCAGCAUGGGUUUCAAUUUGUCCACAGGGACAG